GCGUAUAUCUGCCUAUAUCCUCAACUACACCAGUGAUGGCAUGAUUGGUUCAACAGUUAUUGACGAGAGAAAACCAGAAUAUCCAAUAUAAAACUAAUUUUACCUCGGUGCUACACCUGCUCUGCCUAGCCUGGUUAACGGUUUCUGUUUUGACGUUAGUCAUCAACAACUUGCAAUAAUGACACAGGUGGAGUAAGCUCUUUUAACGUCAUGAUGAAGUAUCUGGUACUUGUGGCCUGUUUGGCUCCUUGUUGGGCCACUGAGGAAGAAACACGGGAAAAUGACACAGAGUUCGAGGCUCUGAGCUCAUUGCUGUCCGACUUUGAGGUGCUGCCCGUGUCCGGCCUCCAGCAGCACUCACUCAGGAAGAGGGACAUCCACACAGAGUCCCAGCUGGAGCGCAUUGUCAGCUUCAGUGCCCUCAAGAGACAUUUUAAGCUUUACUUGACAACUAACACAGACUUGUUCACUGAGGACUUCAAAGCUGUGUUUGUAGAUAAGCAAGGGAAGGAAGACCGCUAUGAUGUUCAGCUGCAGAACUACUUUACUGGACAUCUUGUAGGUGAGGAGCACUCCCGUGUUCAGGCACACAUAGACGGGGACGAGUUCUCGGCCCACAUCCUGACAGAGGAGACAGAGUACAACGUAGAGCCCCUUUGGAGGUUCACUGAGGUGCCCCCCGAUGGCCGUCUGUUGGUAUAUCGCUCUGAGGACAUCCGGAACCUCAGUCGCCUGGCCUCGCCCAAGGUGUGUGGAUACAUCCAUGCUGGGGCCCAGGACCUGCUGCCAGAGUCCGCCAGAGGUGGAGAGGCACAGGAGGAUUCCCUCCACAGAGAGAAGAGAGUGACCCACGACCACAAGAAGAACACCUGUCCUCUAGCCCUGGUGGCUGACUACCGCUUCUUCAAACACAUGGGCCGCGGAGAGGAGAGCAUUACACUCAACUACCUGAUUGAGUUGAUUGACAGAGUGGAUGACAUGUACAGGAACACAACCUGGGAUGACGAGUUUACAGGAUAUGGUGUUCAGAUCCAACAGAUCAUCAUCAACAAGGAGCCGACCAGAGCGCCGCUUGGCCAGGCUGGGCCGGGCUGGACCCACUACAACAUGAAGGGAAGCCCCAUCCAAGGCAAGGAGGUGUGGGACGUCAAGAAACUGUUGGAACAAUUUAGCACGGACAUAGCGGACAAUGCUAGCACCGUGUGCCUGGCCCACCUGUUCACCUAUCAGGACUUUGACGAGGGGACACUGGGCCUGGCUUACGUGGCCCCUUCUAAAGCCCAGGCUCUGGGGGGCCUCUGCCCUAAACCUUUCUUUCCAUCUAGUUCCGUUAAGAAUCCCAGUUUCCUCAACACUGGUUUAACCAGCACUAAGAAUUAUGGCAAAACCAUUCUCACCAAGGAAGCCGAUUUGGUGACAACCCAUGAGCUGGGCCACAACUUUGGAGCUGAGCACGACCCUGACAACAUGCACUACUGCGCCCCUAGCGACGACCACGGGGGCAAGUUUGUCAUGUACCCCAUCGCUGUGAGCGGGGACCACUACAAUAACAAGCGUUUCUCCAACUGCAGUAAGAUCUCCAUAGGGAAGACGCUGCGCUUCAAGGCUCCCAUCUGCUUCAAGGAGAGGAACAGCAAGGUGUGUGGGAACUUGCGCGUUGAGGAAGGGGAGGAGUGCGACCCGGGCCUGCUGCACCUCAACGACGACCAGUGCUGCUCCGCCGACUGCAAGUUCAGGCCCGAGUCCCAGUGCAGUGACAGGAACAGUCCAUGCUGUAAGAACUGCAAGUUUCAGCAGGCAGGCAAGCCAUGCCAGGAGCCAAUCAACGCCACCUGUAAGGGCAUGUCCCUCUGCACAGGUAACAGCAGUGAGUGCCCAACCCCAGACAACGCUCCGGACAAUACCAUCUGUGUGGACAGUGGGAGGUGCAGCGACGGGGAGUGCAUGACCUUCUGUGAGGCUGUGCAGAACCUGCAGCCCUGUGCUUGUAAUGAGAUGGUCAACUCGUGUAAGGUCUGCUGCCGGGACAAAAAUGGCACCUGCACUCCCUUCGUCAAAAAGGACCAGAACUUCCUGUACCUGCGCAAGGGGAAACCCUGCACCGUGGGCUUCUGUGACGAGGGCGGAAAAUGCAUGAAGCAAGUCCAGGAUGUGAUCGAGAGGUUGUGGGAUUUCAUUGACAAGCUGGACAUCAACACAUUCGGGAAGUUCCUGGCAGACAACAUCGUGGGCUCAGUGGUGGUGUUCUCUCUGAUCUUCUGGAUCCCUCUCAGUAUCCUGGUGCACUGUGUGGAUAAAAAUCUGGAGAAGGAGUAUGAGGAGAGCACCAAGUCCAGUAACGCAGAGAUGCUGAGCAGCCUCGAGACGGCCUCUGUCGUCGUCAUCAAGCUACCUACACCUCCAACCUCCUCCGGCACUCGGUUCCUUCCCCACUCCCUCUCUUCUCUAACCCCAACGGGUCCAUCUGUCUCAGGCAGCAUCAGUACCUCAGCCCCAGGCUUGGCUUCUGGCCCUGCCCCGGGAAGCGGGGUGGUGGGGGUGGGGGAGGGCCCGCGGAUGGCCACCAUCCAGGAGGAUUCCAGCUGCGAUUCUCACCUCGACCCGGAUGAAGACGACUUCCCUCCACCCGGAGGCUCCAACGCCACCAAAUCGUCUUACGAGGACCUGACGGCAGAGCGGAGCACGCCGCGAUCGGGCCACCACGACAAGCCCCGCCUCGAGGCAAACCUGUAUGGUGAACAGUGCUGAGGGAACAUGGUUGUAUAUGUACUCACAUAUACACACAGCCAUGGGAAUCUACAUGCAAACACACGUGUACACACACACACACACACACACAAUUUUAUACGAGGGAACAUAGUCUAGAAUAGAUAGAGUAGGUAGAUGCAUGCAUACAGACACACCACAUAUAGAAGAGGCAUGCAUACAUGACUAAACUAUAGUACACACACUGUUAUAGUACACAGGAACAUCCACUCCUAGAAGAGAAGGGACUGGAAUACUGGUUACACAGCACUGGUUGGGGUUCAUAGAACAACACCGUUUCUAAUAGAGUUUUUAAAUAAAGCACUGUGGGGUUAGCUACAUCCUAGAUUUUAUAAGGUCAAUUUGGAAGACUCCCAUACAACCAAAACAGUAGGUGCUUAUGAGUAGUAGUGCUCUGAUGCAAGUGACUGCAGUUUAGAAUAGCCGAGAUACUGAAUGAUUUGUGUUUGUAUGUGUUGUGGGGAAGAAAUAAUUUGUGGCUUGUUAGUUUCAAGAGUCAAAGCCAAGUGCUUUAUUUGGCACCACUCACUCCGAUACAGACCAGACAGAGUCUUUGGAGGUGUUAUUUUGAAUGACUUGACUGACAGCUGUCAGAAUGGGUUGAUUGAUUGACAGCUGGGCCAGUUGAUUUACCACUGCCGCGACUUUACGGCUAUUGGUUAGGCAUGUGGGUGGGUUAGAGUGCCAGUGUUAAAAGGAAUCAUGCUAAGUUCAAAUAACUGAAAAAGGUGUUAUUUUAAAUGUUUAAAGGCCAAGUGCAGUCAAAAAUGUGAUAAUCCUGUGUUUUUAUAUGUAUUUCCACACUGAGGUUGGAAUAAUACUUUGAAAAUGAUGAUAUCCUUUUUAGUGUAAGAGCUGUUUAAAAAGACAGCCUGAAGUGUCGGCCUGUUUUGGUGGGAUCGAGGUUUGGCCUGCCAGGCACUUAAUUAGUUAAUAGUCCAAUAAGAAAGAGUUCCAAGCCUCUCCGCCAGCAGCUAGUUCCCCCUGCCCACUCAGACCACACCCAGACAGUCCUAGCAAAAAGUAUUACAAGUAAAUACUUUCAAAUUCCUUAUAUUAAGCAAACCACAGGGCACUGUUUUUUUAGGAUUGUUAUUAUUUUUUAUUAUUUACACUUUUUUUUACACGGAUAGCCAGGUGCACACAUCACUUACAAAUGAAGCAUGUGUUUAGUGAAUCCGUCAGAUCAGAGGUAGUAGGGAUGAUCAGAGAUGUUCUCUUGAUAAGCAUUCAAAAUGUAACAAGUACUUUUGGGUGUCAGGGAAAGUGUAUGGAGUAAAAAGUACAUACUUUUCUUAAGGAAUGUAGUAAAGUAAAAGUUGUCAAAAAUAUAAAUAGUAGAGUACAGAUACCCCAAAAAACGACUUAAGUAGUACUUUCAAGUAUUUUUUUUACAUUUACACCACUGCCCAAAGUAUUUUAUUUGAAGCUGGUGUUCAGAACCGAAAGUAGGAUGCAGAAAUUAAACUUAAGAACAGGAAGCAUAGAAAUAGCGCACCUCGGACAGAUCUACCGCUUCUUAGACAUGCUUUCGAUUUUGACAGAUUUGUAACACACAUUUCUAUGUGAAUUUGGACGGGUCGCCCAAAAAAUGAAUAUAUUGCCGCUUUAAUUGUUAGCCAGAAAUGAUUUGAUAUUGAGAAAAAAAUGACUGCAUUGGACCUUUUUAAUGUUAUGUCAUCUUUCCAUUGUCACAUCAGUAAGACAAUGUUUUUAAUUAUUUGCCUUUAUUUCUGAUAUUGCCCGUUUUUUAUUUUAUUUUACCUUGUUAAUUGGUUGUGAAUAUGUUUAGUCCUCCUUAUCACCAUGGUUUGUCUUCAAGUUUGAACUUCAUCUGUUUGAAAUUUUGGCAAUUAUUUUGGGUGAUGCCUAACAUAACUACUGAUGUAAUGUUGCCUAUCGACAAAGUAAUUCAGCUGUGAAAUGGAUGCCAAAGGGUAUUGUUAAAAAGGUUCUAAUGUUGCAGAGGAAGGCAUUAUUUUCUAGUAAUUGCAACCAAACAGGCACUGAGUGUCCGGCUGUGUUUACACGGGCAGUCUAUUUCUGAUCUUUUGCCAAUAAUUGGUCUUUUGACCGAUCAGAUAUUUUGCCCAUAAUUGAGCAAAAGAUCAGAAUUGGGCUGCCUGUGUAAACGAAGCUACAGAGGUCCAGACUAGUAGGCUGGGCUGGAUACUUGGUAAAAUCGGAGCGCUUCAUCGGACCUUGGCCUACCGAACAUCAAUUUAUCUGUUCUACUGUAUGUCUCCACUGAAGUAUUGGUUCUGUUUCAUUUGUAGUGAAAUAAUGAUGAACCGUUUUGAUAUUUGUGUAUGGCCUUAUGCUGGUACAAUGGGCUAUUAACCUUUUCAUCUUCAACCCGAAGUUUGCAAUUCAUGCAAGUCAUUUAUUUGACAAUUUACUCAACACAUUGGAAGACUGUUAGAGCAGUGCAGACAUUCAUUGCAGUUUUAUUCUAUUUCUCAUAUCAAUGCCUUUUCUAUGCAGUCAGAUAUUGUUUGUAGACCAACUUCUGUUGUUUUUUUUUAAUCUGAAAAAAAGACUAGUGCCUUAUUUCAGAAGUUGAGUAUUUUUGUUUUAUAUCUAGCCUUAUUUCUCUAGUAAUACAGUGGCUUCAGAAAGUAUUUUCACCCCAUUCACCUUUUCCACAUUUGUUGUUACAAAGUGGGAUUCAAAUGGUUUAAUUGCCGUUGUCCAAAGAAAAAAAUUCAUGAAAAAUCAAACACUAAUAACUUGAAUAAGUAUUCAACCCCCUGAGUUAAUACAUGUUAGAAUCAACGUUGGUAGCGAUUAAAGCUGUGGAUCUUUAAGAGCUUUCCACACCUGGAUUCUGCAACAUUUGCACAUUUUUAUUAUUAUUUAAGAAAUUCUUCUCCGUCAAAUUGGUUGUUGAUCAUUCCUAGACAACCAUUUUCAGGUCUUGCCAUAGAUUUUCGGCCACUCAGGAACAUUCAGUCUUCUUGGUAAGCAACUCCGGUGUAGACUUGACCUUGUGUUUUAGGUUAUUGUCUUGCUGAAAGGUAAAUUCAUUUCCCAGUGUCUGUGGGAAAGCAGACUAAACCAGGUUUUUCUCUAGGAUUUUUCCUAUGCGUAUCUCCAUUUAUUUAUUUAUUUUUUCCUGAAGUCCUUAACGAUUACAAGCAUACCCAUAACAUGAUGCAGCCACCACUAUGCUUGAAAAUAUGGAGCGUGGUACUCCGAACAUCACUUCUUGUCCUGAAUACAAAGUGUUAAUUGCUUUAUCACAUUUAUUUGCAUUAUUAUUUUAGUGCCUAGUAUAUUACAUGUUAAAUAACAUAAGAUGGAACAAAUGAAAGUACUUUGAAAUGACAUAGUUACACUUAACAUUGAAGUAAAUAGGUGCUCCCUUGGUUAAAACAAGGAUGCAUGUUUUGGAAUAUUUUUAUUCUGUACAGGCUUCUUUUCACUCUGUCUAUUAGGUUAGUAUUGUGGAGUAACUAAAAUGUUGUUGAUCCAUCUUCAGAUUUCUCCUAUCACAGCCAUUAAGCUCUAACUGUGUUUUAAAGUCACCAUUGGCCUCAUGGUGAAAUCCCUGAGUUGUUUCCUUCCUCUCCAGCAACUGAGUUAGGGAGGACACCUGUAUCUUUGUAUUGAUACUCCAUCCAAAGUGUAAUUAACUUCACUGUGCUCAAAAGUAUAUUCAAUAUCUGCUUUUUUAUUUUUACCCACCUACCAAUGGGUGCCCUUUUUUUGGAAAACCUCCCUGAUCUUUGUGGUUGAAUCCGUGUUUUGAAAUUCUCUGCUCGACUGUAUGUGGGGUACAGCGAUGACGUAGUCGUUGGAAAAAUCAUGUUGAACAUGUGCACAUGCCACUUAUGUGACUUAUGCACAUUUUUACUCCUAAACUUAUUUAGGCUUGCCAUAACAGGUUGAAUACUUAUUGACUCAAGACAGUUCAGCUUUUCAUUUAAUUAAUUUGUAAAAUAUAUUUUUUAACUUGUGUGUAGGCCAGUGAUGACAUCUCAAUUGAAUCCAUUUUAAAUUCAGGCUGUAACACAACAAAAUAUGGAAAAAGUCCAGGGGUGUGAAUACUUUCUGACGGCACUGUAUGUACUGUAAGCAAAGGGAAUAUGUCUAUCGCCCAGCUGGAACUCAUGUUUACUAAUGUUGCCUGUUAGCUGGCAUGGGAAGUGUUGUCCUAAGCACCACUUGGUGUUGGAAUAUUCGUGUGCCAAGGAUAAAUGAAUACAUAUCGGCUUGUGGAACUUUACGCUAAAAUAUUGUUUUAUAUUGUCUGUUCACCGUUUCCUGUAUAUUAGGCAAUAAGUAAUAUGUUAAUUCUGAUGAAAGGGGGAAUAUGUGUCUUGCUUGUGGGUUAAGGGCAUUCUGCAGCUUUGCUAUGACUUUGGACUAGUAUGGUCUGAAUACAUCUUUAGCAUGUACCUACGUCCAUAGUAUUAGCUCUGUAGGAGAUGUGAGGGGGGAAACUCCUUGACUCGCGUAUUCUUCCUGUGUCCUAUGUUUUCAUUUUCAGGGUGUAUUAAAUUAUCUGGAUGAAUAAAUGUCUCUAUGCUAAUAAAUGUGUUCACCAACUUGAAA